CUAUACUCGCUCCCUUCGUAUCCAAAAACACAAUCCAAAUCAGCAAUUAACAACAUGCCCCUCCGCACAGCACUCAUCGGUCUCUCCUCAAGCGCCACCACAUCAUGGGCUUCAGGUGCACACCUCCCUGGGCUACUCACCCCCCAAGGCCGCUCGGUCCUACCUAUCAAAGCACUUCUGAAUAGCAGCGUAGACGCCGCAAAACGCGCCAUCGGCGUCUACAAUCUCUCUCCCGACACCAAAGCGUACGGCAGCCCUGAAGACCUCGCCAACGAUCCCGACAUCGAUCUCGUGAUCUGCAACACUCGCGUCGAUGCGCACUUCCAAACUAUCUUGCCUAGCAUCAAGAAAGGGAAAGACGUGUACGUCGAAUGGCCGGUUGCAGGGAACAUGAAGGACAUCGACGUUUUAGUGGAAGAAGCGGAAAAGAGUGGAAGCCGAGUUGCAGUUGGCAUCCAGAGAAGAUGGGCGCCCCAGGCUUUGAAGCUGAGAGAACUGUUGAAAGGUGGGAACGGAAAGCUGGGAAAAGUAUUAAGCAGUGAUGUGAGGGCAUUUGGAGGCACAAACGACCGUGAGAUUAUUCCCACCGGCUUGAAAUACUUCGCGGAACGAGACGUUGGCGGAAAUUUGAUCACCAUUAGCAACGCGCAUUUACUCGAUACCAUUCUCUCUGUGCUCGGUGAGCUCUCGCCGUCUACCACACAUACGGCAUUGCAACUUCAGCGCCCGAACGUUCGCGUGCGAGACCCGGCUACAAAGAACAUUGUAGGGACUGUUCGUUCCAAUGUGCCAGAUCUUCUCUCCCUGCAUGGAACCAUCGCUUCAUCCUCCGCGACUCUGACUUACCUAUUCCGUCGCGGACAGCCUUUCCCUGGCACACCGGUCCUUGUGUGGACAAUCAACUGCGAGUUCGGCGAGAUCCGACUUGUAUCUCCUUCUACACUCUCUUUUGGCGCCUCUCCAAAUGACGAGCCCAUCACCAUUCAUAUCCACUGGUUUGAGAAUGAUAAAGUGGAAGAGAUUGAGUGGCAGUGGGGCGAAGCGGAGCAGCAACUCCCAAUUCCAGCACGCACAGUAUUCAGAUCACUGAUGGCGUUUGGAGAAGGUAAAGAUAGCAGUGAAGGAUGGGUUGAUAUCAAAGACGCUCAAAAGAGAGCACAUCAGAUCGAGGGGUGGCUACAAGAGUGGGAGAAGACGAGAGUUUAA